AUGAUGUUACAGUUUUGGCCAACAAUCAUAAUCGUUGUAGUAGUAUGGGUUCAACAGACAGAAGCUGUAGGUUUUGCACCCGAACUCUAUUGCGGCUUGGAAAAUUGUUAUGACGUUCUUGGAAUCGAUCGAAACGAGUUCGACAAGUCUAAACUCUCAAAAACUUAUCGCACAUUAGCGAAAAAGUACCAUCCGGAUAGAUACAAGAACGCUGAACAAAAAGCUGAUGCUGAAAAGCGAUUCCUGGUGAUUGCAACAGCAUAUGAGACGCUGAAAGACGAUGACGCGAAAACAAACUACGAUUACUACCUCGAUCACCCAGAAGAAAGAUUUUAUAAUUAUUACCAGUAUUAUCGUUUACGAGUAGCCCCAAAAGUCGAUGUCCGAAUUGUAAUAGUCGGCACAAUUCUAGUUAUUUCAAUUUUUCAAUAUUUGAGCGCUCGCCAUAAGUUCUCAGAAGCAAUUGAUUACGCGACUUCUGUGGGCAAAUUCCGAAAUCGCGCCAUCAACACGGGAAUCGAGAAAGGACUUCUCGAAGUUGACAACAAAGGAAAACUUAAGAAAGUUAAAGGAAGAGACAACGAUGCUGUCAUUCGUCAAAUCAUUAUUGAAAAUUUGGAUGUCACAGGAGGAUAUCGCAAGGAAUCUGUAUAUGAUACACUUGCUUGGCAAACUAUAGUUUUGCCCGUCACUAUUUUUGUAUAUCUUAAAUGGCUAGCAAUUUGGCAUUGGAGAUUUACGAUAAACAAAGAAGAAUAUGACGAAGAGGCUAAAUUGCAUUUGAUUCGCAAAAAUUUAGGAAUCUCUGAACAUGAAUUCGAGAAAUUCGGUGAUAAUGACAUCGACGAUAUGUUAGAUCGAAAGUGUUGGGAAAAAGAAGCUUUUGCUGUUUGGAAAGCUGAAAAAGAUGCGGAAGAACAAGAAAGGCUUGCUCAAUCUGGAAAAUAUAAACGUUACAAGAGAUACAUGAAGAACGCUGGUACAAUUUCAUUCGUUGAUGAAGACUAA